AUGAAAGUUUUUGAGUUGGUAGGAGGGGUGGUCUUCAUCUCCAUGUUUUCAGCUUGUUCUGGACAAAAUCCAAUGACUGUGCUGUGCUCUACAGAUUGGUUCAUGGUCACAGUACACCCCUUCAUGUUGAACAAUGAUGUUUAUGUACACUUUUAUGAGCUACACUUGGGCCUGGGUUGCCCUGUCAACCAUGUUCAGCCACACUUCUACCAGUUCACCUACCGAGUUACCGACUGUGGCAUCAGAGUCAAGGCCAUCUCUGAAGACAUAGUUAUUUACAGCUCUGAGAUACACUAUGCUUCUAAGGGCACAUCACCUAAGUAUGUGAUCCCGGUGUCCUGUGCCGCCCCGAAACGGUCCCCAUGGCUCUCUAAGCCCUACUCCAUGAAAAUAGCCAGUGAGAGUGCAGCUGUGGCCCAGAAUGGUGAGACCCGCUAUGAGGUGUUUAGCUUGUCACAGUUCAGCCGAAGGCCCAACUGCCACUGUCCACCUUGUGUAUUCAACGAAGGGCCCAACACCCAGACCCCAUGCCACCAAGAAGAGGCCCUGGAGGCCUGUCCUGUGCAGCCAUCUUACUUUGCUGGUAUUUCUGAGGAUUGGUGUCUUCACUCGGAUGAUCUGAUUGAACCUAUGUGA